AAAAAUUGAAGGGCAGUCAGUGGAUAUGGAGGUGGAUACUGGGGCCGCUGUAUCCUUGAUCUCCAGUGAGCUAUACAAAGACAAAUUUGCACACUUACAUUUACGCAAGACAGACGUCCUUCUGAAAACAUACACAGGGGAGUUACUGCAGCCCGAGGGAAUGCUGAAGGUGUGGGUUAAGUUGAACAAGCAGAGGGCUAGGUUGCCUUUAUAUGUGGUAAAAGGAGAGGCACCACCACUGUUCGGCCGUGAAUGGCUAAGGAACAUCAACAUAGACUGGCGUGAAAUCAAGACAGUGCGAACGGGACGUACGGCAAGUGGUAAAACUCUUGAGAGUGUCCUAAAUCGCCACACUGAAGUGUUUAGCAAGGAAUUGGGGACACUGAAAGGAUUUGAAGCUUCACUGACGCUGAGGCCAGACCAGCAGCCAAAGUUCUGCCAAGCUCGGGUGGUACCGUAUGCGCUGAGACCUAAAGUGGAAGCUGAAAUAGAGUGCCUCCUCCAGCAAGGAGUUAUCUCCCCGGUUCAGUUCAGCGACUGGGCAACCCCCAUAGUGCCUGUCAUGAAGAAGAACGGUAGUGUGAGGAUAUGUGGAGAUUUUAAGGUGACUGUAAAUCCAUCCCUGUGUGCUGAACACUACUCAAUACCUCGUAUUGAGGAUUUGUUUGCGUCCUUGUCUGGGGGACAUCGUUUCAGCAAACUGGACCUUUCACAGGACUACCUUCAGGUACCGGUUAAGACAGAUUCUAGGAAAUAUCUUACGAUCACCACCCACAAGGGCAUGUUCUGCUACAAUCGUUUACCAUUUGGAAUUACUUUCGCGCCUUCCAUAUUCCAGAGAAUUAUAGACCAAGUGCUCCAAGGGCUACCAAAUGUACAUUGCUUUCUUGAUGACAUUCUCAUCACAGGCCAACAUGAUGCGCACCAUCUCAGAAUUCUCAAAGCCGUAUUGAGUCGUCUUGAAAAAUCUGGGCUCCGAGUCCAAAAAGAGAAAUGUGAGUUCUUCAGGAGCUCGCUAGAGUACUUGGGGCACAUGAUUGAUUCUGUAGGGCUCCACAAGUCUGAUGAUAAGAUCAAAGCCAUCAUGGAAGCCCCUGUGCCGACCGAUACAACCCAGUUGCGCUCUUUCCUUGGGCUCAUCAACUAUUACGCACGCUUCGUCCCGAACAUGUCGACCCUUUUACACCCAUUGAAUGCGUUGCUACAUAAGGCAGUGAAGUGGGAAUGGUCCGGGAGAUGUGACGAAGCUUUCCAAAAAGCAAAGGAACAGUUAUCCAGCAAAAGUGUACUGACGCAUUACAAUCCCAGACUGCGUUAUGGGGUGGGGGCAGUCAUCUCACCUCCACUGCCAAAUGGGGAAGAACGACCCAUAGCCUUUGCUUCGCGGACGCUUAGCAAGGCAGAGCAGAAUUAUGUUCAAAUUGAGCGAGAGGCAUUAGGAAUAAUAUUUGGGGUCAGACGUUUUCAUUCAUACCUCUAUGGCCGUCAUUUUACCCUACUUACUGAUCACCGGCCCUUGACAACAAUCUUGAGCCCUAGCAAAGCAACAACGUCCAUGGCUGCCGCAACCUGUUUCCAGCACUGGACACUCAUAUUGGCAGCGCACGAUUAUACAAUAAGGUACAGAUGCGCCGCUGACCAUGGCAACGCAGACGGUCUCUCGCGUCUGCCUCUGCCAGUGCAACACCACGAAAAACAAGGGACAGUUGACACAUGUCUGAUAAAAUACAUUGAAAGCCUUCCAAUCCACUGCAGUGAGGUGAAAAGAGAAACCAUAGCAGACGCCACACUCUCACAGGUGAUCGAGAUGGCGUCAACCGGUCAUUUUCCACCAGCCAAGGACGCAGACAGGAGUCUGGUCCCAUAUAUCAUACGGAAAGAUGAACUCUCUGUACUUCAAGGCUGCUUAAUGUGGGGAAAUCGAGUUGUAGUCCCACCCAAACUACGUCAGCAUGUCUUAGACGAACUCCACGCCGGAUACCCGGGCGUGGUCAGGAUGAAAUCCCUGGCGAGAAGCUACGUGUAGUGGCCGGGUCUGGAUGUGCAGGUGGAGGAGAGGUGCAAGACGUGUACCCCGUGCCAACGAUGUCAAAAGAGCCCUGCCCUCACACCGCUGCACCCAUGGCCCUGGCCAACAGGUCCAUGGCAGCGAAUUCAUAUCGACUUCGCCAGCCCCUUGGAGGGGCGCAUGUUCUUCGUCAUUGUGGACGCUCAUUCCAAGUGGCCCAAAGUCAUAUUGACGGAUUCAACCUCAUCUGCAAAAACGAUUGAAGUUUUAAGAGGCCUCUUCAGUCAUUACGGAGUACCAGAGGUCCUAGUGAGUGAUAAUGGGCCUCAAUUCACUUCUGAGGAGUUUGCCCACUUUUUAACAUCCAAUGGUAUUACGCACAAACGCUCCGCUCCCUUCCAUCCGGCAACGAACGGCCUGGCAGAGCGUUUCGUGCAGACAUUUAAACAUUCUCUGAAGUCGUCGAGGGGUACAGCUUCAGUCCAGCAGCGACUCGAUGCUUUCCUGCUACACUACAGAAACACCCCCCACGCCACUACGAAAGAGUCACCUGCUACGUUGUUUCUGCGUCGCAGACUGCGCAUCCGUCUCGACCUGCUGAAACCAAGCGUGUCAGCAGUGGGAGAACUUUUGAAGUGGGAGACCCGGUGCUUGUCCGGGACUAUCAGAAGGGGGAGGAAAAGUGGAUGA